GAAAACAUGCUCCCAGCACACAAGGACACAAAGACGCGUUCCUCACUGACUGCUCCUCGGUCCCUUCUGCACAAAAAAAAGCGGCUUCAUCCCCCCCAGAAAUCUAACAUCCAGCUCAUUUACAAUUUGGAUGGACCACUCAGGGACCGCAGGGUUAAAUAACUCAACCGCAGCCACCGGUUUUACGCAUGACUUCCCCGUGCGCGCCGUCUCUAUUUAUUCCAGUAUCCCGUUGACAUCGCUCUGAUGCUUGGAAUACCACACAAAUCCCAGCUGACACAGACACAAACCUCGGACCAGUUUGUGUUUCCCUUUUUGUCUGUUUAAGAAAGAGACGUUUAAAAUGGCAGGAGCGCGCGUUUUGGUUGGGUUGACUUGGAGAAAGAGGUGCUUAACCUCCCUCCUGCCAGUUCUGCAUGGUCAUGACCUGUCAUCACGCCCCUUCCACAGCCCACCUCAUCCUAUUGGUCCUGCUCAUUGUCACUCCACAGCUGGCUGGCACCGCCCCUGUGCGGGGUGAGGGAGGCGAGGGAGGGGUGGAGGGGCGCACCCGGACAGACCACAAAGAGGACAGCCUCGCCCCCUUUCUCUCGCCCCCAACCCAGAGUCUCUACAGCCUUGACAACGGGUCCCUGGACCAGGGACCGGGUCAUGAUAGACAGUCAGAUAAGGUGAUGGACCCUGUGCAGGUGCUCGCCGUUCUUCUGGAGGCCCUGGACCACCCGGGGGAGAGUGGAAUCCAGGCGAGCAGAGACUGGGGAGAGGAUCAGAGUCAGGAGCUGGCCUCCAUCGAAGGGUUGGAGGGUGGUGAGAUAAGGAGAGGAGGACAGACAGUGGGAGACAGGGGGGUGGAGGAGGAGAGAGAGGGGCGAAGGGCUGAUAAGGCUAUUGAACAGCUAAUUGUGGGCCAUUUGACAGCUGCUCAGGGUGAUGACUUACAGGAAAGGGGGGAGGAGGAGGAUGAAAACACAAGGUCAGAGGAGGAUGCAGGGUGGUCUGUGGAGGAUGUGAGACCUGAUAGUGAAAGUGAGGAGGAAAGGAAAGAUGAAAAUGAGGGGCAGGAGGAAGGAAAGGAUUUAGAAAGUCUCUUAGUCAAAGCCAGACGGAGUUCCACGUCACAAGGAGAUGAAUCCUCUCUGCAGCGCAAAAUAAGAGGCUACUUCCAAAAUAUUGACUUGGGUCUCCAAGAUAACGAGAUCCUGCCUCCACUGAAGGGCUACAAGGCAUAUAACACUCAGCUGGCACGAGCCGGAAAGAAGCAGCACUGGCAGGAGAACCAGUCCCGCAACCGACCCACCAAGGGGGGCAACUUCAUGGACGACUUUGAGGAUGAGGGAGAGGAGCUGGAGGAGGAGGUUGAGGAAGAAGAGGAGAGCCUCUCCCACAUGGAGGAGGAGGCGAGAGCACGUGCAGAGAAGCAGGAGGUGCUCCGGCAGCAGGAAGAGGCGGAGCGAGCCAGAGAAGAGGAGCAGAGGCUGGCAGACAUCGCCUCUGACAUGCUGCUGCAGUACAUGGGAAGGAAGCAGCAGUCCUACAUGAAGCCCCGUGAGAAAAGCAGCUUCGGGGCUGUGGGAAACACAGCUGAGGACAAGCGCUCCGAGGAGGUCCUCCCAGAUGAAGACGACCUAGACCAGCAAAUGAUUGACAGGCUAAUUGAGAUCAGCAGCAAGCUGCACCUGCCCGCUGAUGACGUGAUUGAGAUUAUUAGUGACGUGGAGGAGAAAAAGAAGAAAAGAAAAGAGCUGCAACAGCAGCCAAUCAACAGCAACCCGGUCGCCCCUCGCUUCAGGCCUCUGGUACCUCCUCCUCUGGCAGCUCCACCUAUCUACCACUACACAGCCUCAAAAAACCCCAAGAAGAACCCCUAUAAGUACAACAAGUCCAACAAGAAAUGGCACAAGGACAAAGUCAAGUCAUACAAACAGGAAUAUUGGUAUAAGCCUCAGAAGCAGCUUGAUUAUUGGUACAAACCCCAGAAACAGUUUUUAGCCUUCCCUUCCUAUCCAUACUACCAGAAGCCAUAUCGAGCCUACUACCCUGUUUAUUUCCCAUACCCCAAAGCACAAUAUUAUGGCAAGCCCUCCCCCUCCAGAGACCAGCCCUUCGGCCCCCAGGAACUUGACCUCCAGGCCCCAAGGCGCAGGCACAGGGCCGGGGGCAAGAACCGUGGACAGGGCUGGAGGCAGCAGCAGCCACCACCACGCCUGCCUCUCACCCCUUAUAUCUCUAACUAUAUCCUUCCUCACCCACGGACCUACCAACCCUUACCUCCCCCCAAACCACUUACCACGCCAAGGAGAGGCAGGCGUCCCCCGUACUACUAUCCACAGAUCACACCAGGAGAUGACUAUGAGGAAGACGGGCUGGUGCCUCAGCUGGACAGUGAGGAGGAACUGGAGAACUUUAUUGAGAGGAUCUACAUGAAGCGCAGAAUGUAUUGAGAGACUUUUUGGACAUUUGUCAGAUCAGAGGGACAGACAGGUGGGAUAGAUAUACAGUAGCUUGAGAAAAGCUAAAAGAAAGAGAGGUGAAAAAAAAGACUGAGAUGAGAUAUGUGUUUUGAGCCUGAUGACGCACCCACACACACACAUAUACACACACACACAAACGUGCACACACACACCAACAUGCCUACAUACAGUCACAUUUCUGACACAUUCACAAGCUGCUGUGCCCAUUGUAAGAGAACCAUGUUUACAACAUCAUUUUGUAUUUUUUUUGUUUUAUAUUCUCUUUAUGUCAAACUAAAGUAGUUCAAUGACUUCUUAUCUACACAAAUAUAAAAAAACUAAACACUGUUGACAAUAUAUGACAGUUUAUUUGUGUUGUAUGUGGUGUGUGUACACUACUGGUCAAAAGUUUGACAACACACCCAGUGAAAAAAUGUCCGAGGCCCACAAAAAAUUUAAGAACACCAAAAAAACAAACUACUUGAAACAAAAAAGAGUACAUUUUAACAGAAGAAUGCCUGUGCCAAUGGUCCCAGGGUAAUGGUGGACUGCAGGAAGUAGAACUGUAUAGGUUUCAAUCAGAACAGUGAGAAAAAAGACAAGUAACGAAAGGAAGAUGGACUCAUUGGUCAGGGGUUCAUCCUACAGCAGGAUAAUGGAGGAAAAACUAGACUGGGUCUCCACAUGAUGGACGACCAGCACAGUCUCCAGACUUGAACCCCAUUAGGCUGGUUUGUGAUGAACUGGACAGAACUGGGAACAUAUCUGUGAGAGCUUGUGCAGCAGUGUUGGAACAAACUUUCUGAAAAAUGUUUGAUUUCUAUUCAAGAUAGAUCCUCACAGAACGCUGCUGCAUGGGUAAAAAAAUUGAUUAAAUUCAGGAUUAAAGAUUCCGUGACUUUUAUUCGUUCUAUUCUUAAACAUUACACUAAGUAAAGUUUCAGAAUUGGAGGUGUUCUAAGGCGUUUGACCAGUAGUGUAGUUGCCUUUCUUAUUCUCGAUUGGAUCCACUUUAAACAGCUGCAAUUUGCAAAGGUGCCAGAUACACACAUUUCAGUUUGUCAAAGUGAAGAUUCAGAUUUUUGCCUUUCAAGCACCAUGGUUCUACAAGGGAAAUAUCAUAAUGCAUAAUUUUAUCAUCACUGCCUGACCCAAUGUGGAAACCCUGUGGACUCCAAAAGCACAAACUUAAACACUAAACACUUCCAACCUGGUGGACUAAGGGUUUUCAACCAUUUUGGGAUCCAGAAGUUAUUGUGUCAACGUAUUUAUGGCAGAUCCACAAUCACCACACAGCACUCUUCAACCAUUGAGGAGUCCUUCAUAUAUAUAUAUAUAUAUAUAUAUAUAUAUAUUUAUAUAUAUAUAUAUAUAUAUAUAUAUAUGUUCUCUGAUUGCUCAUCCACAGUUAACACUUUUACUCUUGUAUCAUAUCCGUGAUCUCAUUUUCCUUUUCUUUUCAAGAAGAAAAAAAAACUUGAAACGACACUAUGUGUUUGCAGCCUUUUUUAAACAGAUCUCCAACAAGAGGCUACAAGAAUUUUGUUCAUUUUCAGGAGAAAUUCAUUGAGGAGCUUCAGGCCGGGAUGUCAGGGAUUGUGCUUAAAAAAAAAAACGUUAAAUGCACGUCUUUCUACUUGCAUCUUUAAAAAUGAACACAAAAAAAAGAACAAAAAAAAGGAGAAAAAUAAAACAGUGUGGAGAAUCCAAGAUGGUUGUUUUCUCUGAAUAAACUGUGAACAUAAAAAAAGAAAUCUCAAAGGAAGAGGGCCACUGUGUCCGCAGUGAAGCCAUCUGUCUUGUAAAAGGAGAGUGUUGUUGUUGAUGUCACCUUUAGCAUUGUAAGAUGUACAGUGUGAAAUAAAUAUGCCCGUGCAAUGUGUAAAUAACAGCAUGAUGAUUACUAGUUUUGCUAUAUGAUAAAAAAUAAAAGCAAUUAUUUUAUUAAA